AUGGCAUUGAACUCAGGGUCACCUCCAGGAAUUGGACCUUACUAUGAGAACCAUGGGUAUCAGUCUGAGCACAUCUAUCCCCCAAGGCCACCUGUGGCUCCCAAUGGCUACAACUUGUAUCCUGCCCAGUGCUACCCAUCUCCAGUGCCCCAGUAUGCUCCAAGGGUUACAACGCAAACCUCAACACCUGCCAUCCACACACAGCCCAAGUCCUCAGGAACACUGUGCACCUCAAAGUCUAAGAAAUCACUGUGUAUUGCCCUCGCCCUGGGCACUGUCCUCGUGGGUGCUGCUGUGGCUGCUGGUUUGCUUUGGAAGUUCUGGUACAGCAAGUGCUCUACAUCCGAGAUGGAGUGUGGGUCUUCAGGCACAUGCAUCAGCUCUUCUCUCUGGUGUGACGGGGUAUCACAUUGUCCUGACGGGGAGGACGAGAACCGGUGUGUUAGGCUCUAUGGACCAAGCUUCAUCCUCCAGGUUUACUCAUCUCAGAGGAAAGCCUGGUAUCCUGUGUGCCAGGAUGACUGGAGCGAGAGCUAUGGGAGAGCAGCAUGUAAAGACAUGGGAUACAAGAACAAUUUUUAUUCUAGCCAAGGGAUGCCAGACCACAGUGGGGCCACGAGCUUUAUGAAGCUGAAUGUGAGUGCAGGCAACGUCGACCUCUAUAAAAAACUCUACCACAGUGACUCAUGUUCAUCCAGCAUGGUGGUUUCUUUGCGUUGUAUAGAAUGCGGGGUUCGCUCAGUGAGACGCCAGAGCAGGAUUGUAGGUGGAUCGAACGCCUCACCAGGAGACUGGCCCUGGCAGGUCAGCCUGCACGUCCAAGGUGUCCAUGUCUGCGGAGGCUCUAUCAUCACCCCCGAGUGGAUUGUGACAGCAGCCCACUGCGUGGAAGAACCCCUUAGCAGCCCGAGGUACUGGACGGCAUUUGCGGGAAUUUUGAGACAGUCUCUCAUGUUCUAUGGAAGUAGACACCAGGUAGAAAAAGUGAUUUCCCAUCCAAAUUACGACUCUAAGACCAAGAAUAACGACAUUGCUCUCAUGAAGCUGCAGACGCCUUUGGCUUUUAAUGAUGUAGUGAAGCCAGUGUGUCUGCCGAACCCAGGCAUGAUGCUGGACCUAGCCCAGGAGUGCUGGAUUUCAGGGUGGGGGGCCACCUAUGAGAAAGGGAAGACCUCGGAAGUGCUGAAUGCUGCCAUGGUACCCUUGAUCGAGCCCUCCAAAUGCAAUAGUAAAUACAUAUACAACAACCUAGUCACACCAGCCAUGAUCUGUGCCGGCUUCCUCCAGGGCUCUGUCGACUCUUGCCAGGGAGACAGUGGAGGGCCGCUGGUUACUUUGAAGAAUGGGAUCUGGUGGCUGAUUGGGGACACGAGUUGGGGCUCGGGCUGUGCCAAGGCAUUCAGACCUGGAGUAUAUGGGAACGUGACAGUAUUUACAGAUUGGAUCUACCAGCAAAUGAGGGUAAUUUCCUCUAUCCCUGGGUUGUCCAUCUCCUUGAGCUUAAGUCACGGGUCUGGAAAGAGUGCACCUUGA